UUCGCAUUGAUUUUCAGACCACCUUAUCUCAGUGAUCGCGAGUCAAAUUAGUUUCGUGCUUGAAUGUGGAUGGAGACGAGGCUGGACAAAAUGUUUGCCAUGAAAAAGCGUCGUGAGUACUUCCCCAAUGGUUUGGACUACAACCUCAAUGACCCCGUGCUAUUGAGCCAGAUCUCUAUGACCAGUGGAAAGCACACGAUUGUAAGGGCCAAGAAGAGGCGACCCUCGAUUCAGAAUCUGGAAGAGGUCACAUUCCAUGGCGGAGAAUUAAAUAAGGAGGAGAGAGCAUUCAUCCUUGAAGAAGUCCGUACCGGGAUAAUGAAAUUGGGCGGCAUUGAACAUUUUGGAGAAUUAGCUGGUUGGAUCAAAGACAUGUUAGAUCGUCGAUUUGGUCCUGAAUGGCAAUGCAUCGUGGGAAAGAAAGACACCUUUGGGUCGUGUCUUUCACCUAUGGCGGGAUAUUACUUAAACUUCAGUAUUGGCGACGUUGGCAUGAUUCUGUUCAAAUCCUAACCUUCCUCAACAAAAAACAACAUUGUUUUUCACAUUAUAUUGACUGUUGUCUAAUUAUUGCAAAUAAAACGAAAAGUAUU